AUGGCAGCUGGCUUCACUGGAGCAAUUACGGAGCUGAGGCUGGUGAAUGGGAGCCACCGCUGUGAGGGGAGAGUGGAAGUGAAAUACAAAGGAAAAUGGGGCACAGUAUAUGAUUACAGGUGGUACCUGCAGGCUGCAGAUGUGGUAUGCAAACAGCUGGAAUGUGGACAUGCUGUUGAUGCUCGCAGAGACGCUUAUUUUGGACGAGGCGUUGGGCCCAUUUGGCUUGUAAAUACUGUUUGUAAAGGGACAAAACUAACUCUCAAUGACUGUUCUCAUAAUACUCUUCAAGACUACCAUUUUCGAGGCUACUCCCAUAGUAGGGACGCUGGAGUAGUGUGCUCAGGAUUUGUGCGUCUAGCUGGAGGGGAUGGACCCUGCUUAGGGCGGGUAGAAGUGCAUUCUGGAAAAGACUGGGUUCCACUCUCUGAUGGGAACUUUACGCUACUCACUGCCCAGGUCAUCUGUGCAGAGCUGGGGUGUGGCAAAGCUGUGUCUUUCCUGGGAGAUAUGUCUAUCAGAGAGUCAGAUAGAGUCUGGCCUAAAGAAUUUCAGUGUAAGGGGCAUGAGCCUGAGCUCUGGUUUUGCCACAACGAAUCCUGUCCAGGAGAUGCAUGCCACCGUGGGGCUGUUCAAGUUUUCUGUUCAGUGUACACAGAAGUCCGGCUCAUGAAAAAUGGUAUUUCUCAGUGUGAGGGACAAGUGGAAAUGCAUAUUUCUGGACAGUGGAAAACGCUCUGUGCCUCACAUUGGAAUAUGGCCAAUGCCAAUGUUGUUUGUCAACAGCUUGGCUGUGGAGUUGCUGUCUCUACUCCAAAAGGAGCAUACUUUGUGGAAGGAGGCGAUAAAAUUUGGCAAGCUCGAUUUCACUGCUCAGGGGCUGAGUCUUUUUUGUGGAAUUGCCCUGUGACUGCCCUGGGCAUUCCUAGUUGUACCCGUGGAAACACAGCCUCAGUGAUCUGCUCAGGAAACCAGACCCAGGUGUUACCCCAGUGCAACGACUCUGUGUCUGAACCUGAGGGCUCUGCAGCCUCCCAAGAGAGUGCAGCCACCUGCUCAGAUCGCAGACAGCUCCGCCUGGUGGACGGAGGCGGUCCCUGUGCCGGCAGAGUGGAGAUCCUUCACCGGGGCUCCUGGGGCACCAUCUGUGAUGACAGCUGGGACCUGAGUGAUGCCCACGUGGUGUGCAGACAGCUGGGCUGCGGAGAAGCCCUCAAUGCCAUGGUCUCUGCUCACUUCGGGGAGGGAUCGGACCCUAUCUGGCUGGACGACCUGGAGUGCACAGGAAAGGAGUCCCACAUUUGGAAGUGUCCUUCCCGGGGCUGGGGACAGCACGACUGCAGACACAAGGAGGAUGCAGGGGUCAUCUGCUCAGACUUCCUGAAGCUCAGGAUGGUGAGCGAGGACCAGGAGUGUGCUGGGUGGCUGGAAGUUUUCUACAACGGGACCUGGGGCAGUGUCUGCCACAGCCCCAUGUUAGACAUCACCUUGUCCAUCAUCUGUAGACAUCUUGGCUGUGGAGACAGUGGGACGGUCAGCGAUUCCAUAGUUCCCAGGGAAGGUUCUAGACCUCGGUGGGUGGAUCAAAUCCAGUGUCGGAAAACCGAUUCCUCUCUCUGGCAAUGUCCUUCUGACCCCUGGAGACGCAACUCAUGUUUUUCACAAGAGGAAGCUUAUAUCUCCUGUGCAGGAGUGAGACCCAGGAGCUGUCCAACUGCCGCCCCCUGCACAGACAAAGAGAAGCUCCGACUGAGGGGAGGAGACACGGAGUGCUCAGGGCGAGUGGAGGUUUGGCACGAGGGCUCCUGGGGCACGGUGUGUGAUGACUCCUGGAGCCUGGCAGAGGCGGAGGUGGUGUGUCAGCAGCUGGGCUGUGGCUCUGCCCUCGAGGCACUGCAGAAGGCUGCGUUUGGGCCGGGAAAUGGGAGCAUCUGGCUGGAUGAGGUGAAAUGCAGGGGCAGGGAGCCUUCCCUGUGGGAUUGUGCUGCGGACCCUUGGGGCCAGAACAACUGCAAGCACGAGGAGGACGCUGGGGUGCGGUGCUCUGGUGGAAGAACAAGCUUGCAGUCUCCUACAGGAGGGAUCAGACGAGGCCCAAAUCUCGUCCGUGGUAUCUUCUCCCUGUCUGAGAUGCUCUGCUUCAUCCUGGGGGCCCUUCUCUUCCUGGUCCUCGUCAUCCUGGUGAUUCAGAUGUACAGAUGGAGAGCAAAGCGCAGAGCCUUACCCAGCUUCGAAGAUGUUCCCAACGAGGCUGUGUACGAGGAGAUUGACUAUCUUGUGGCAACGAAGGAAGAUCUGCUGGGCAGCACUGGGGCCCUGUCAGAUGACUCCGUGACUAAACUGCCAUAUUACACUGGGGAUGGUGAGGACAACACUGACUUUCAACCUGCUCCAGCUCAGAAGACUGAUGCCCCUAGUGAGGACUAUGAUAAUGUUGAAGAGGUCCCAGUGCCUGAGGCUCCUUUUGCCUCCUGGGUGAAUGAAGGGGAAGUGCCCCCAGGGGAGGAGAAUGUGGUGAGGGCCUCUCCAACAGGCUCUUCUCUACAGUUCUCCAGAGGGAUAGCUGGUCCUGGGAAAGAAGAAGCUAGUCCCUGGCUGCUUCAGGGGGAAGAGGGGGAUCCUGGAUAUGAUGACGUUGAACUAAAUGCCCCUCAAACAUCUACUAUGGUUUUCUCAUGAUGUUGAAUUGAAAAUAAGAUAAGGCCUCAGAUACUCUAAUUGCCUGUGUUUCAGUAGA